AUGAGUAGAGCAAGAGGCGGAUUCAGAGGCGAUCGGGGAAGAGGCAGAGGAGGUCCCUCGCGCGGUGGCUUUCAGCGCCAGUUUGACACGGGUCCGCCAGACACUGUCCUCGAAAUGGGCCAGUUUAUCCACGCCGUAGAGGACGAGAUGCUCUGUUCAUCCGUGCUAAAAGACAAGAUUCCCUAUUUUAACGCGCCCAUCUACCUCGAAAACAAAUCCUCCAUCGGUAAAGUCGACGAGAUUCUCGGUCCUAUCAACGAGGUCUACUUUUCCGUCAAAAUGGCAGAAGGAAUGGUUGCUUCCAGCUUCCGCAAAGGCGACAAGAACGCGGUGGCGCACGUGGUGUCGGUCGCGGUGCAGGGCGAGGCGCAGGCACGCGCGGAGGGCCCCGAGGACGAGGAGGAGCUGGAGCUGGUGGCUCAUUUGGACGUGGAGGAAGAGGUGGCUCAAUGGGACGAGGAGGCGCUGGCCGGGGAGGAUUUGGAAGGGGCAGAGGCGCACCGGCUGGCGGCGGUGGUCCACGAGGAAGAGGUCGAUUCGCACCGUAUUAGAAUCCUCUUAUUCGAGUACGUUGUACUACCACAGCCAUAA